CACAAAAGUAACCGCUAGCAGAUGCUGAAGGGAAGUCGCUGCGGCUCAGAGAACCGCUCGGACCGGUUUCGACUGCAGGCAAGUUCUAGCUUUUCCAGGCUGUGAACAAUGGCCUCCAAAUUCCUCAUGUCGGCUCCCGUGUGCCUGAUUGAGAACAAGGGAAACCAGCUCUAUGUCUGUCAAGAGGCCCUUCGGCUGCUCUCUGAAAUCCGUCAACCCGUGGUGGUGGUGGCCAUUGUGGGACUGUACCGCACGGGCAAGUCCUACCUCAUGAACAAACUAGCUGGCAAAAACUCAGGUUUUGCCUUGGGCUCUACGGUGCAAGCGAACACCAAGGGAAUCUGGAUGUGGUGCGUCCCCUACCCUGAGAGGCCUAACCAAACCCUUGUCCUUCUGGAUACCGAGGGACUAGGUGAUGUGGAAAAGGGCGAUUCUCAGAAUGAUUCCUGGAUCUUUGCUUUGGCUGUGCUCCUUAGCAGUACCCUGGUCUACAACAGUAUGGGCACCAUUGACCAGAUGGCUAUGAACCAGCUUCACUAUGUGACAGAGCUGACUGAAUGCAUCAAGUCAAAGUCAUCAACCAGGAAUGAUAGUAAUAGACUGGAAGACUCGGCUGACUUUGUUCGCUUCUUCCCGACCUUCAUCUGGGCCUUGCGGGAUUUCACGUUGCAGCUGGAGAUAAACGGGCACCCAAUCACCGAGGACGAUUAUCUGGAAAAUUCCUUGAAAUUAAAAAAAGGUGACCCCCGUGAAACAGAGCUGUUCAACCUGCCUCGCAAAUGCAUCCGGACGUUCUUCCCCACCCGAAAAUGUUUUGUCUUUGAGCGCCCAACUAAGGGGAAGAACCUGCAUAAACUGGAGCAGAUGCAAGAGAGUGAGCUGGACUCCGACUUCGUGGAACAAGCAGCUCUGUUCUGCCGUUACGUCUACUGGACGUCCAAGGAAAAGACCAUCCCAGGCGGGCAUGUUGUCACUGGCCACCUGCUGGCAAAGCUGGUGGAGACCUAUGUGGAGACCAUCCGCAGCGGGCAGGUGCCUUGCAUGGAGAAUGCAGUGCUGGCCUUGGCUGAGAUUGAGAACACGGCUGCUGUGAAUGACGCUGUUGCUCGCUACGAGGAGCUGAUGAAGCAGAAGGCGAAGCUGCCCACAGCCACUGUCGAGGAGCUACUGAGGAUUCACGCUGAGUGUGAGAAGGAAGCCCUCCAGGUGUUCAUGGCUCGUGCCUUCAAGGAUGAAUCACGUCAAUUCCAGGUUCAGCUCAUGAAAACCCUGGAUCAGAAGAAGGAGGAGUACUGCCACAAGAAUGAGCAGGAAUCCACAACACUCUGUUGGGCUGUGUUGACAUCGCUGUCUCAGGAGUUGGAAAACAACAUCAAGAAGGGAAUUUACUCCCAGCCUGGUGGCCACCAGGUCUUUGUGGAUGACCUGAAGAAACUGGAACAAAGAUACCAGCAGGAACCUAAAAAAGGCGUAAAGGCUGAGUCCGUCCUGCAGCAGUUCCUUUGCGACAAGGAGCAUGUAGGCAGAGCCAUUCUUCAAAGCGACCAAGCCCUCACAAGUAAAGAGAAGGAAAUGGCAGAGGCCGAGGCCAAAGCUGAGGCAGCGGAGCGAGAGCGGGACCUUCAGAAGCAGCAGCAGGCUGUGCUAGAACAGAAGAUGGAGGAUCAGCAACGGAGUUAUGAGUUGAACUUAAGACAGCUGGAGGAGAAGAUGGUGAUAGAACGGAACAAACUGUUGGCAGAGCAGCAGCAGAUGAUGGAGAGCAAACUCAGGGAACAAGAUGCUUUUCUGAAGGAGGGAUUCAAGAAGGAAGCUGACCGACUGAAUGGGGAGGUUCAGAAACUGAAGCAACAAAAUGAAACCAUCAGGAAGCCAGGUUUUAUUGGCUCAGCACUGGGGUUUCUGGCGGAUGGUGUCUCAGCGGUGUUGCCAGGUGCCUUAGGCAAAGCUGCUAAUGCAGUUGGUAACUUCCUCAGGAAAAUCUUUUAAACCAGUAGGAACAGGGCCUUGUCCACAGCCCUUCCGUUCUCCUGCCCUGGCAAUGUGCGUUUGCUUUGGUUAGCUUAGUUUCUUCCACAGUAUUAAUUUUGUUAUGACAUAGUAUUAUUGGCAAUUGCGAUUAGGAUCCUGGGGUGCAAUGAGAACUGCACUCACAUUGCUGCUGCUCAUGUAUGUGUUAUGUGUUGCCGGGAAUGGUGAGGUGUGUGCAUUUCACACCAGUUUUGAAAUCUGCCCUGACUGCCAGUCAACUAGUGGGCCCAGUUCAAGACAAUAGUACUACUGUACAAAACCCUAAGCAGGAUCCAUGUGCUUGGAGGACCACCUCCCCAAUGCUGACCAUCCCCGCAAGGCUUUGCUCAUGGUCCCCUCAUCACCUACCACAUAUUGCAGGGUCCUUUCGGUAAUGGCACCCUGGCUCUGGAGACCAGUCUUUUGGGGGUAUUGGCAAGUGCUCAAUUUGCUUUUGUCUGAUGGUAUUGAUUACUUUACUGUAUUUUAUUGCAUAUGUACUGUAACCCUUGUUGAUGUAUUACCAUUUUGCUUCAAUCCUGGGCUGGAUUCUGUUUACACUCCAGCUUAAAAGUGACCAAUGCCAUAUGGACCUUGGGAUAACUGUAAAAUUAAUAAAUAUGAAUGAACAGGUCUAAAA